ACUUAGUUCGACUCUUAGGACACGUGUAGGUCUAUCACCAAUGUAGAGGGCAUUCUUCCGGAAAUUUUCAGCCCGCCUUGCAAAUGAUGUUUCUGAUCUUGUCUAAAAUCAGUUCCGAAUUCUGCGGUAGACUUGUGACUUGCCGCUUACAGUGAGCAAGCGUCGAUAGAAGGACUCUGCCGAUACUAUAUCCAAGUUCAUCAAACUUGACGUUUACUGGUACGAAUCACUCGGAUAUCCCGUCAUAUCUAUCAAACUUCAUCUUCGUAAAGAUAUCAUGAUGCCGUCUUGACGAUUGGCUCGGAGACUUUUAAAGAUUUCUGCGAACUACGUUGUUUUGAUGGGAUGGGCGUGUCUAUCUGCUCAACACCACACCAAUAUCCAGUGGCUAUCGUUUGACGUAACUCGGUAUGGGUCAACAACUAAUUCCCAGUCUACCAACGAAAAAUUUUCACGAGCUCAGGAGAGCAAUACCUGCCCAUCUUUUCCAGUGUAGCAAUGUGACAUCACUGUGGCUGCUAGUACGGGAUAUUGCUAUGUCCCUGGUUCUUGCCUGCGGGGUUUCGCAACUUGACGCACUCUUGUCUUCCAUGAUUUGGCAGAUGGCAUUGUUAAAAUAUAUCUGUCUUUCUGUCCCUUGGAUUGUGUACUGGUGGUUCCAAGGACUUGUCCUAACCGGUAUCUGGGUCAUCGGGCAUGAAUGUGGUCAUGGAUCGUUCUUCACGUCUCAGCUCAUUUGUGAUGUCGUUGGUUUCGUCUGCCAUAGCGCUCUGUGGACACCGUACUUGAGCUGGAAAAUUACACACCGCUCUCACCAUCGCCAUCACGCCUCGAUGGAGAAAGACGAACACUGGAUUCCACGGACGCGCUCCGAAGUAUCGAACGAGGACAGUCUUUUUGAGGACACUCCCAUCCUGACAGGUGAUACUUCUGGUGGUACAACAAGUAGCAGGCUUUCCGUUUUAUUUGCUUUUCAACGUAUCUGGUCAGCGAAGGUAUCCCAAGGCUACCGGUCAUUUUAAUCUUUCUAGCGUUUUCAACCGCCCUCUUCCAGCGUAGUCAGCGCUUGGGCUGUGAUUAUGUCUGACCUUGGUAUCGUUCUCGCGGCUUUUGUCGUCCACUACGCUUCUAUUAGAUUUGGAGGAUGGCAGGUAUUCUGUCUGUAUGGGAUACCUUGCGUAAUGGU